UUUCGGAAUCUAGCCACCUAGAGAACACGUGCGCCCCGGCGCGGUUGGAGAUGAGUCACGGAAUUAGUGACUGCAGGAACCAGUGGAGGAGGAGCGCUUUGCGAUCCGGCUUCGGGUGUUCUUAUUUCUACUCAGUUCCCUCCAAAGUGAACUUGAUCGGAAGUCAACGCCUGAAUACAUAAGUGACCCAGUGCUGUGCCGCUAUCUCCUGUGACCACGCUCUUCGUGCUUGUGUGUCACAUAAACGACAUCAUUUUUUGUGGUAGUUUUCUCAGCUGUGAUGGGUUAAAUAACCCGCGUGUGUGUGUGUGUGCCGCCUUUGGUGUGAUGGAUACCAUGCGAAGACGAUCUUGAAUGCACCGUGAUUGUGUAGCCGUGCGUGUAAUCGUUGAUGGCAAAACGACGGUUGCCCGAGUUUCCUUGUCGUGUUGAAGGCUGGCUCAUUUUCUGCGGCAAGGAACGGCUACUGGCGGAAACAUGGUGUCGUCACCUGGGUCAGCGUCGCUCAGUUGCACCGUGGGAACCUCGCUUUUGCGUUCUCCUCGAGGGGAAGAAAAGUUUGAUUCACUUCCGCACAGAAGAAGCAGCUGCUACUAGUCUGGCCCUGACUGAGGCGUCGGUUCGACCUCCUCUCACUCGACAGAGGCUGGAUGGUGGACGAGCGGUGUUCAGGCGCUUUUGGGGCCUCGAUUCCAUGGCAACGAGAGCAGCUGCUAUAGUGCCGGAAGAGGACGAGUCGGACAUUUCGGAGACAACUUCACUCAGGGACGAAAGGCUGCUGCAUUUCACUGAGACGUCAUAUGAAAAGGCGUGCGGGGGCGAGACCCGGCGCGACAGCGCCCCUGCUACUCCCGUCUUGGGCUGUCGCCCCAUGGAUGCAGGUCAGACUCCGUCACGGUUGGUGAGCUUCUUCUCCAAGAGGUCCCUGAAGCACAACCCGCUGAAACGCACCAAGAGCGUCAGUAAGCUGGAACGCAAACGGGGUGGAUCCGCUACGCAGCCGAGCCACCAGCUGGAGUGCGCCACACGGCUCAGGGCGUCGCGCUCCCACGAAUCCCUCUUGCUGGGUUGCGCCGGAGAGCAGCAGGAGCGCGUGUCGCUGGAAGGGGCACGCGUGUCCCCGGUGCAUCCGAGCCUCGCGGGGAAGGACCACUGUUUCCAGGUGGACCCCGUGAGUGGACCAAAGUAUCUGUACUGCUGUCGGACGGGCCACGAAUACCGCUCCUGGAUGCACAGGAUACGCCGCACAAUUGAACCAAACGAGGAGAUGAUGCGCAGGAAAGAGAACUGCCUGCGGCUGUGGAUUUUGGAAGGCAAGGGCAUCGCCACCAAAAAGAGGUACUUCUGUGAGCUCUGCCUGGAUGAUACGUUAUAUGCCAGAACAGCGUCAAAACAGAAGAGCAACAUCUGCUUUUGGGGAGAACACUUCGAAUUUACGAAUCUCCCGAAUGUGACAACCAUCACCGUGCAUUUGUACAGGGAAGCGGACAAGAAGAAGCGAAGAGAGAAGAGCACACUCAUUGGAAGCGUAGACAUUCCGGUGUCAGCUGUCAACAGCCGCCAUCCUACGGAAAAAUGGUACCCUGUGACAAUGGAGAAGGCCAAUGGCGGGAAAGACUGCCCGUCUCUACGCAUUAAGUGCCGCUACCACACCUUGGAAAUUCUGCCUCUUAAAACAUACGCAAAUUUUUUGCAGUACCUCAAGACUCAGUACCAGUCCUUAUGUGACCUACUCGAACCUGCCAUCAGCGUCCGCAUAAAGGAAGAAAUAGCAACGGCCUUGGUGCACGUAAUGCAGAAGGAAAAUAUUGCUCGGGAGUUCCUGACAGGGGUGGUCAUGUCGGACAUUGACAAGAUAGAUGACCAGCAUCUGACAUUUCGUGGCAAUUCUUUGGCUACCAAGGCAAUGGAAGCCUAUAUGAAGCUGCUCGGAGAGAAGUACUUGCAAGACACACUCGGAGACGUCGUACGAACCGUUGUCGACUCCUCCGAGGAUUGCGAGGUGGAUCCAAUAAAAGUUCCAAACAACGUUGUGUUGCAACGCCACCAGGGGAGGUUGAUGAGCUAUGUUGAGAUGGCUUGGCUGAAGAUCAUCAACUCGGCUCCUUCUUUUCCAGUGGAGCUGAAGGAUGUUUUCCACACCUACCGUGAACGCUUAGUGGCAGCGGGCAAGGAGGAUCUCUGCGAUAACCUCAUAAGUGCUUCCAUUUUCCUGCGAUUCCUGUGUCCAGCCAUUCUGUCACCCAGCCUGUUUGGACUUACAACUGAGUACCCCGGUGAGCGAGCCUCUCGGAAUCUCACCCUGAUCGCCAAGACGAUCCAGACACUGGCCAACUUCACAAAGUUUGGAGGGAAAGAGAACUACAUGGAAUUUAUGAACGACUUCGUCGAGAAAGAAUGGAGCACGAUGAAGACUUUCCUGCGGCAAAUUUCCAGCCCAGUAUCUAAAGAGUUCCAACAUCAUCUCAAAUACAGCGGUUACAUAGACGCCGGUCGUGAGUUGGCUGAGCUUCACGAGCUUCUCCUAGAUUGCCUCCCGCAGCUUUCACGGAAGGAACACGCCGACAGUGCAGAAGCAUUGCAGAGAGUGCUCCGUGGUGUGGGGAGGCCGACCACCAUGAUGCCCGGGACAACGGGGGGAUCCCCACCUGCUUUGGCACAGUCCAGCCGCAAAGCCAACACAUUGCCCAGGAGUGCAUUGCUUGCAGGGACAAAGAGGAGCUCUCCUGAGUUGCUUGCUCCCAAUCUUUUGUUCACAAGUUCUGCUUCUUCACAGAACACUGUGUGUGGACCACCUACAGCAAAGCAGCAAAAGGAAGUGUUGGAUUUGGUGCAGAUGUUUUUGGACCAUUCUUCUGCACAGCAGGAAGAAAAAACGGAGGGCAGCGGCAGCCGCAGUAGGGCUCACUCUCAGCAAUGCGGCAUUCCUCUGGCAUUCAGCAACCCCAUGUACCACUUCCCCUCAUCUCGUGAGUCGUGGGAGUCGCCAUCCUCCCUCAGUGAUCACAGCACCGAGGAAGAGAUGUCGCUGGUGGGACUUUCACGAUUCACCCACUCAGCUGCCCAUCCCCAAGGAGAGAGUUCAUCGGAGAGUACAAGCGGGGGCGAUUCACCACCCGUAAGACCCCGCAGGACACCCGUCUCCUGCAUGCCACGCACCAACCCACGGCUGGCUUCCCGAGGACCUCCGCUUCUCCUCCAAGGGAUCUCUCUCGAAUCGCUGCAGGAUCCCUCCAGUCAGGAUCAAGGUGAUGAAGUACGAAUGUCUCCGGAUGCUACAAACCUAAGGGCGAAAAGUCUGCAGGAGGUGAGUUCAAAGUACGAAAAGGAGGUGGUGGAGCUGAAACAACUGAUGAAUCAGCUUCAACGCAAGCUUAGUGUUGCUGAGACUCAGCUUCACCAUCAGCGGCAACAGUGCGGAGGAGGAGCCGAAUACCUCUCUGCAGAGGAGCGCCAACGGAAGCACCAGCAGGACAAGGACCUUCAAAUGAAGAACAUCAUUACCAGGUUGAUAACAGUGGAGGAAGAACUUCGACGAGAGCAGCGCGAGAUGCAAGGCAUGAUUUCGGCCAAGCAAAAGGUUAUUGACGCCCAGGAAAGGAAGAUACAGACCCUCGACGCUGCAAAUCAGCGUCUUCUGUGUGCCCUGGCCCAAUUGAGACAGCACUACGAGCAGCAGCAGCAGCUCCCUCUUUUAACGCAGCCCAGUACCCAGUCUGGCAAAACAGCCCAUUUGGACAAUGGUGGGGCUGAUGUCUUGUACAGAAGUAGUUCGUGUUGAAGACUGCGCACAUAUUUUAAAACUGCUUCGCUUUACCAGAAUAUUUUAUACUGAUCACAGAGGGACAAACCUUAUAGGGUGCGUUUGAAAGUGUCCAGCUUCUUAAAGAUGCAGUCACGCAUUAACCCUGCUUCCUAGAUGUAUUGUAUGACACAUUAUUAUUGGCUCGCCACCAAAGAAUAGAUGUGUAUAGAACGGAGAUUUUAAAUAAUAUUGUUAUUCAGAUGCCGCAUGAAAGGCAGGGCGUACGAGCACGAACCGCUAAGGUAAAUGAUAGGUAACAACGGGGCGCAGGAUAACCUUUCCUCGAGCUGCACCAACAACAAAACUGCGGGAGUAGCGGGUUACGCCGUGGUGGUAGGGACAUAUUUCUUUAAUGUCCGAGUGCAUGCACAAUCUGAAAGCAGCAGUCUGGACUCAUGUUUCCUCAUCCAUGGGGCAGCAAACUUUGCAGGUUCGCGCUAUGCAAGAAGGUCUUGCAAGACGUGACCCAAGGUGUUCUCUAAAGCUGUAACCUGUCCCACGUCAAAGCCACAUUUUUACGGAUCUUCUCUCCUCUUAAGCCAAGAACUCUUCAUGGCGUGCACAAGUGAACGAAUGGAACUGGAAGUUCCGCAGGAAACAGGCAAGAGUAAUGCGAAGCUUUCGCGAGAAAGACAAAUCGACAGAAGGCUGGAACGAACGACACAAUUCGAGAGUCUCGUCUCGUGCUGCUUCAUCUCUGUACGUUGUCCGUUUGUUAUCUCCCGAACUCUGGGAUGGCUUGCCAGUGUCGAGCAUACACCAACCUACUUGCGUACAGUAGAAUUUUGAUGACACAAAUCACAGGUGAUACAAAGCCCCAAAGUCUUUUCUAAAGUCCCAGCAGGAACGCGUCAUGUGUAAUGGAUUACAUUUUGGGGUACUACGAAAAGUUUUCAGGGCCGUGGGGGAUGAUGUGAACAG